AUGUUAAACUAUUUGAUUUUCAUAGACAGGAGGAUCAUAGUAAACUCUACACAGGUUUCAUAUUUCAGACUUUCUGCCUAUUUUGACACCGGGCUGUUUAAAUACUUAUAUUUCCUGCUGAUUUUGUCCUUAUAUGUCUUCAUAGUGUGUGCCAAUGUGCUGCUGGUUGUGGUUAUCUGUGUGAACAGGAGCUUACAUGAACCUAUGUACCUUUUUCUGGUCAGCCUGUUUGUAAAUGAACUGUAUGGUAGUACAGGGUUGUUUCCAUUCCUUCUGGUUCAGAUCCUCUCCGACAUUCACACUGUUUCUGCUCCCUUCUGCUUCCUGCAGAUUUUCUGUUUACACACUUAUGGAGGUAUUGAAUUUUGGAUCUUAGCCAUCAUGUCUUAUGACAGAUAUCUUGCCAUCUGUUAUCCUCUACAAUAUCACACUCGAAUGACAUCUAAAAAGAUUUCCCUGCUUAUUGCUCUAACAUGGUUGUACCCUUUUUUUGUGAGUACCCUGACAGCAUCUGUUCUGACUGCUCCUUUACAGCUGUGUGGAAACAUCAUUAACAAAGUGUACUGUGACAACUAUAGUGUUGUCAAGCUGGCCUGCUCUGAUACAACAGCCAAUAACAUUUUUGGACUUGUAAAUAUUUUUACAGUAAUCAUUGGUCUUAUAAUCUUAAAUCUUUUCUCUUACAUGAGGAUCCUUAAAGUGUGUUUUUCUGGUUCUAGACAGACCAGACAGAAAGCUGUCAGUACCUGCACACCUCACCUUUUGUCCCUGCUGAGUUUUUCCUUUGGAGCUUUCUUUGAAUUAAUACAGAGCAGGUUUGAUAUGAACUAUUUACCCAAUAUGUUGCGUAUUUUCCUGUCAUUGUACUGGCUUACAUGCCAACCACUCAUCAACCCUUUACUGUACGGACUGAAAAUGUCCAAAAUACGCAUCGUAUGUAGAGAUCUGCUCUUUGGGGGGAAAAGGAAACUUAACAUGUUACCUGGCAACUAA